UCCAAACCUGGCACACUGUGAUAACCAGACGUCAAUGGUCUGCGGCUGAGGGCUGUAGCGUUUAGAGAGUUCGCUGCUAGCUUUUGUUCGGUGGACACUAAACUAGGUACCGAUUAUUAGCUCAUGAGUACACGGACAGUAAACCAUACAAUCGAAUAACUGUCACACGUGAAACAUUAUUCCGCUCGGGCAGCACAAACUCUUCCCAACUGGCUGAACAUUCUACAUCCGUCUGCACCCAACACCUCCCUUCCUUUCCCUUGGCACCACAGAGGAAACACUCCUUUCUCUGAACUCUGCAUGACGGGAUAGAAAUGUAAACAAAGCAUCUAUACAAACAGGAGGGACUACAGUGGAUCUCUAAAUUGAUACCGUAAUCAUCCUGCAUCACUGCCCCUCCCCUCUUCCUCCCAUUCUUCCACUGGUCUUACUGGUUCUCCCCCCCUCAGUUCUCAACAUGGCGACUAUGUUCCUGCUCUGGCAGUGCCACUGACCUCCACCCUGGACUACCACCAUGGAGAGAAAACGCAGAAAGAAAUUAAUCUAGCUGCUCAGGCCGUUUGCAAUAUGGACUCAUUUUUGGAACUUUGGACCUGAAAUGCUCUGUCCCAUUCCCUGAUCCAGGUUUUAGCUGCUCAUAUCUCAUCUGAACCAGCGCGCCUGCUGCUGCAGUUUCAAAGAGCCUGGUCAGUCUGAUAGUUUGUGGUACUUCACAACUCAAUAUGCUCCUGCUUCCUGUGUGGGCAUCCAUGCUUUUGGGGCUGCUGGUGGGCUUCCUGCCUUUGGUAGGGAUGGAGCCGAUGGGAGGAGCCAGAUCUGACUCUGACCACUCCCCUGACUCAGAGCCCCUUCCCUCAUCAUCUGGCUCCAACUGUUCCCAGUUAACCCUCAAACUGGAGUUCUCCACCAAAGUGGUGGAACAUGAGUACAUCAUAGGAUUUACGGGGUAUUUCUCAGCCAAAGCUCGCAGCCUGUACAUCAGCAGCGCCCUGCGGAACGCUGGUGAUGCCGAGCUGGAGUGGCACAUUGUUCCCAGAGAAAACCCAGCCUCCGACUUCCCCAGUGACUUUGAGCUGGUCCACAUCCGUCAAGCUUCACCUAGCAGCCUACUGACCUUAGAGGACCACCCUUACAUCAAGAGGGUGACGCCGCAACGUAAAGUGUUCCGCAUGCUCAAAUAUGUUUCCUCACCCGAAUCUGCCACACCCUGCAACGCCACCCGUGGGACGCAAAAAUGGCAGUCAUGGCAGUCAUCCCGCCCUUUCCGUCGAACCAGCCUGUCACUGGGCUCAGGUUUCUGGCAUGCCACAGGCCGCCAUUCCAGCCGGCGACUACUGCGAGCCAUCCCCCGCCAUGUUGCCCAGAUCCUGCAGGCAGACGUUCUCUGGCAGAUGGGACACACCGGUUCUGGUGUGAAGGUGGCGGUGUUUGAUACAGGCCUGAGUGAGAAGCACCCACAUUUUAAGAAUGUAAAGGAAAGGACCAACUGGACAAAUGAAAAGACACUGGAUGAUGGUCUGGGCCACGGUACAUUUGUAGCAGGAGUCAUAGCCAGUAUGAGGGAGUGUCAGGGCUUCGCCCCCGACUCAGAGCUGCACAUCUUCAGAGUGUUCACCAAUAACCAGGUAUCGUACACCUCCUGGUUCCUGGAUGCUUUCAACUAUGCCAUCCUGAAGAAGAUUGAUGUUCUCAACCUCAGCAUUGGGGGCCCUGACUUCAUGGACCACCCCUUUGUUGAUAAGGUGUGGGAGCUCACUGCCAACAGAGUGAUCAUGGUCUCUGCUAUUGGCAAUGAUGGACCUCUCUAUGGCACACUAAAUAACCCAGCAGACCAGAUGGACGUCAUCGGGGUUGGAGGGAUUGACUUUGAAGAUAACAUCGCUCGGUUUUCCUCCAGAGGCAUGACCACCUGGGAGCUGCCGGGGGGUUAUGGCAGGGUGAAGCCUGACAUCGUCACCUAUGGUUCUGGCGUUCGGGGAUCGGGAAUGAAGGAGGGAUGUCGCUCUCUAUCUGGCACCAGUGUGGCCUCUCCUGUGGUGGCAGGUGCUGUUACCCUCCUGGCCAGCACUGUCCUGAACAGGGAGCUGGUGAAUCCAGCCUCCAUGAAGCAGGCUCUGAUUGCCUCGGCCCGCAGGCUGCCAGGGGUCAACAUGUUCGAGCAGGGCCAUGGGAAACUGGACCUGAUCAGAGCCUACCAGAUCCUCAACAGUUACAGGCCUCAGGCCAGUCUGUCUCCCAGCUACAUCGAUCUCACAGAGUGUCCCUACAUGUGGCCUUACUGCUCUCAGCCCAUCUACUAUGGAGGGAUGCCCACCAUCGUCAAUGUGACCAUUCUCAACGGCAUGGGUGUCACUGGCAGGAUUGUCGACAAGCCCAUCUGGCAGCCCUACCUCCCUCAGAACGGCGACCACAUUGAUGUGGCCGUCUCUUAUUCGCCAGUUUUGUGGCCGUGGGCUGGAUACCUGGCCGUGUCCAUCUCUGUUGCCAAGAAAGCGGCAUCAUGGGAAGGGAUUGCUCAAGGUCAUGUGAUGGUCACAGUGGCGUCGCCUGCCGAGAAUGAUUCUGAGGUGGGCAGUGAGCUGACCUCCACAGUCAAACUGCCCAUCAAGGUGAAGAUUGUGCCAACUCCACCCCGCAGUAAGAGGGUGCUGUGGGACCAGUACCACAACCUGCGCUACCCACCUGGCUAUUUUCCCCGAGACAACCUCCGCAUGAAAAACGACCCACUGGACUGGAAUGGAGACCACAUCCACACUAACUUCAGGGACAUGUAUCAACAUCUGAGGAGUAUGGGAUACUUUGUUGAAGUGCUGGGAGCGCCCCUCACCUGCUUUGAUGCCAGCCAGUAUGGUACACUGUUAAUGGUGGACAGCGAGGAAGAGUAUUUCCCAGAAGAGAUCACCAAGCUGAGGAGAGACAUUGACAACGGUCUGUCGCUCAUUGUCUUCAGUGACUGGUACAACACAUCAGUCAUGAGGAAGGUCAAGUUCUAUGACGAGAACACCAGGCAGUGGUGGAUGCCAGACACAGGGGGCGCUAACGUACCAGCUCUGAACGACCUGAUCUCAGUGUGGGGGAUGGCUUUCAGCGAUGGGCUCUAUGAGGGGGACUUCACUUUGGCUGAUCAUGACAUGUAUUAUGCUUCGGGCUGCAGCAUUGCUCGUUUCCCAGAGGAUGGGAUAGUGAUUGCCAAGAACCUUAAAGACCAAGGUCUGGAAGUGUUAAAGCAGGAGACAGCAGUGGUGGAGGGGGUUCCCAUCCUUGGACUGUACCAAACACCAUCUGACGGGGGAGGUCGGAUCGCUCUGUACGGCGACUCUAACUGCAUAGACGACAGCCACAGACAGAAAGACUGUUUCUGGCUGCUGGACGCUCUCCUUCAGUACACUUCCUACAGUAUGACCCCUCCCAGCCUCAGCCACUCCCACAGCAGGGUAGCACCACCCACAGGCAGCGAGCGCCCACUGCCACAGAGAUUGGAAGGCAACCAUCUCUACCGUUACUCCAAGGUUCUAGAGGCUCAUCUGGGAGACCCCAAGCCCCGCCCACUGCCAGCCUGCCCCCAUCUGUCUUGGGCGAAGCCGCAGCCAGUCAACGAGACAGCACCCAGUAACCUGUGGAAGCACCAGAAGCUUCUCUCAGUGGAUCUGGACAAAGUGGCAUUACCUAAUGUGAGGGCUUACCGUCCCCAGGUCAGACCUCUGUCUCCUGGGGAGAGCGGGGCUUGGGACAUCCCUGGAGGGAUAAUGCCUGGUCGCUACAACCAAGAAGUGGGCCAGACGAUCCCUGUGUUUGCCUUCCUGGGAGCGAUGGUGGUCUUGUCAUUUUUCGUGGUCCAGCUCACAAAGGCAAAGACCAAACCCAAGCGCAGGAAACCCCGCGUCAAACGGCCCACAUACCUCCAGCAGCAGCAGCAGCAGCAGACAACGGGGAAAAACCCAACAGUUUGACUGGGACUGCAACUUUGAAGUGCUCCCCGGGAUGCUGGGAUCACCUCCACAAACUGAGACGUUAUUAAAAGGACAGCUCGUGUUGAACAGCGACAGUGAAGCUGAUUUACAUGCAGUCCGUCGAGGUGGACGGGACGUCUAACUGUUGUGAGCUCGAGCCUGCCGGGCGUGAACGUACUGCAAGUCCGUUGUCUCACAGAUGCCGAGACAGUUUUUUGUGCCUCUCUGUUCAAGGCUGUCUGUGGGUGUUUGGACGAAUGAACAGUAUUAGUGUUACACACAUGAUGUAAACCAUACAAUAUACAUCUGGUCCUAAAAAUGCCUGUUUGAGACAGACAUGUUGUCUCCAUUUCACUCUUCUUUGACCAAACUGUUUCUUUAUGAAAGUAUUGUGUCUGACAUUUAUAUUUAUUGAAUUUGUUCGUACCCCAACACACACAUACACACACACACACACACGCACGCACACUCACACAGAAGUAAUAAAAUACAUACUGUACGCACUUUAAGAAUGAAGAAGUUGGCAUACAGUGGGACAGAACCACACCCUGCAAACACACAUGCAAUCAUGCAGACAUUUCCAAUACGAGGACCAUCAGAUGAUCAAGUUGUCUUCUCCUGUUUUGUAAGAUCUGCCCGUGUGUGUUUAAAAUCUGUGUCUUUUCAUUGUUUUUAUAUUUUCUAUAAUGAAUGAACUCUGGCCAGGCUUUCUGUUGAUAUCGUCCUUUAUGAUGAUUGACAGACUCAUUCAAAUGUAUCUCAUCCAUUAAAAGCAUAAU